CUAUUCAGUCCUUUGCGACGGAUUCAUUCGCUCCGAUUCAUUCCUUAUUCUUCCCCUCUUGCCUGUCAUUCUUGUGCCUUCCUGAGUAGGUAGGUAUUUAUCCAGCCCGGCGUCUGACCCUGUCGUGUGACGGCCAUCUUCUGGUUCUCAACCCAUCGGCUGGCUGGACAUCACCCGAUCUGGAUACCUUCAGUACUGGUUGCUGAAGUGUCGGUCGCUCGAUUGCAUUCCUCUUUCACAUAUAACUGCCCUUCCUCGCGCCUGGGUUCUCUGCCGGUUCAGUGAACAUCGCGGUCUUGACGAUGGCAUCUCUUCACACCUCCAUCAUGUUGUUCGUGGCCCACGUCUUCCUGCUACUGGGGCUGGCCAAUGCGGUCCCCAUGCCCGGUUCCCUUGAUGUGACCUCGCAUGUCGUGGCGCGCUCCUCGGACUACUGGGUCGCCGAUAUCAAGCGUCAGGGGUCCGUGCCCUUCGGCAACAACACCAGCUAUCAGAUCUACCGGAACGUCAAGGACUUUGGUGCCACAGGUGACGGUUCUACCGACGACACUAAUGCCAUCAAUGAGGCCAUCUCCUCUGGUAACCGGUGCGGUCAGGGAUGCGACUCGUCCACCACCACCCCGGCCCUGGUGUACUUCCCUCCGGGUACCUACGUGGUGUCUAAGCCCAUUGUCCAGUACUACUACACGCAGAUGGUUGGUGAUGCCAAUGAUCUCCCUGUGCUCAAGGCCGCUGCUAGCUUCACCGGCAUGGCCGUCAUCGAUGCCGAUCCUUACACCAGUACCGGGGCCAAUUGGUACACGAACCAGAACAACUUCUUCCGCGCGGUUCGCAACUUUGUCAUCGACUUGACUGCUAUGCCCUCGUCGUCCGGUGCUGGUAUUCACUGGCAGGUCGGCCAGGCCACUAGCCUGCAGAACAUCCGUUUCGAGAUGAUCAAGGGCGGUAGUAACAACAAACAGCAGGGUAUCUUCAUGGACAACGGCUCCGGUGGUUUUAUGUCUGACCUCACUUUCAACGGCGGCAACUACGGUGCCUUCCUGGGCAACCAGCAGUUCACCACGCGUAACUUGACCUUCAACGACUGCAACACCGCCAUCUACAUGAACUGGAACUGGGCCUGGACCUUCAAGUCGGUCACCAUCAACAACUGUAAGGUCGGCUUGAACAUGUCCGCCGUGCCUUCCAACCAGACGGUCGGCUCCGUUCUCAUGCUGGACAGCACCUUCACCAGCACCCCCACGGGUAUCGUGACUGCCUUCAGCAGCGAUAGCAUUCCCACUGGUGGCGGUGCUCUGGUUCUGGACAAUGUUGACUUCUCCGGUUCGACUGUGGCCAUUGCCGGUGUCAACGGCAACACCAUCCUGGCUGGCGGCUCGGUUGUCGACAACUACGUGCAGGGCAAUGUGUACACCCCGUCCAGCACCGUCAACAAGCGUUCUCCGGCUGCCGAUGUCCAGGUGGUCACUCAAACUGUCGUGGAGACCAUCCUUGCUUGCCCUGCGGAGUACGGUACCGAAUCCGCUGCUGGUGCGGCUUCCACGACCAUCCAGGCCGGUGCCGAAAGCACUGGCACUACUGGUCGUGUCCUGCCCUUGCCCUCGAUGUCCAUCGAAUACCCAUCUGCUGGCAGCUACAGCUGGGCCGGUUUUGACAGCACAACCGCCGGUGGAAGCCAGGCUACCAACGCCGCCUCAAUCCCCGCCGCCGGAACCUCCGCCGGAACUGGGGCCACUGGAGCUUCCGUUGUGGCCCAGGGAUCUGGCUCUGCGUCCUAUGGCGCGAGCGUGCAGGCUUCAUCCAGCGCCUCGGCUUCUGGUACUUACUUUGGCACCGCCAGCAACACGACUGGCCAGUGCACGACCAAGACCGUGACCAAGACCCGCCUUGAAACCACCAUUGCCUCCCAGGCCAUGGCCAGCUCGCUGCUGACCAGCAGCGGUAGCCUCUUCGAGAAGUCCCGGCCUUUGUACGAGUCCUACUCGUCCUCGUCCUUCGUCAGCGUCAAGUCUGCCGGUGCCAAGGGUGACGGUAGCACUGACGACACGGCUGCCAUCCAGAAGGUUCUGGACGACGCAACCACCGACCAGAUCGUUUACUUUGACCAUGGCGCUUACAUCAUCACCGACACCAUCAAGGUGCCCAAGGACAUUAAGAUCACCGGUGAGGUGUGGCCCAUGCUCAUGGCAUACGGCGACAAGUUUUCGGAUGCGACGAACCCGAUCCCCAUGCUUCAGGUUGGUGAGGUGGGCGACACUGGCUCCGUCGAGAUCAGCGACCUGAUCCUCGAGACCAAGGGCCCCGCCCCCGGUGCCAUUCUGAUGCAGUGGAACGUCCAGGCCACCUCUCAAGGGUCUGCUGGUAUGUGGGACACCCACGCCCGCAUCGGCGGCUCCGCGGGUACCGAGCUGCAGAGCGACAAGUGUACCAAGACCCCCAAGCAGACCACUACCCCCAACACCGAGUGCAUUGGCGCCUUCCUGCUCUUCCAGGCCACCGAGAAGGCUAGCGUCUACCUGGAGAACACGUGGUUCUGGACCGCUGAUCACGAUCUCGACAUGUCGGACCACAACCAGAUCAACAUCUACAACGGCCGCGGUGUGCUGAUCGAGAGUCAGGGCCCUGUCUGGCUGUAUGGUACCGCCUCGGAGCACAACCAGCUCUACAACUACCAGGUGUCGAACGCCAAGGGCGUCUUCAUGGGUCUGAUCCAGACCGAGACGCCCUACUACCAGGCCAACCCCAACGCGCUCACUCCUUUCACCCCGCAGACCGCCUGGAACGACCCCGACUUCUCGUACUGUACGACUGACUCGUGCCGCAAGGCCUGGGGUCUCCGUGUCCUCAACAGCACCGAGACCUACGUCUACGGCGCUGGUCUGUACAGCUUCUUCGACAACUACUCGCAGACCUGCCUGGACACGGAAUCGUGCCAGGAGAACAUUGUCGAGGUGGACUGCUCGGACGUGCACAUCUACGGUCUGAGCACGAAGGCCAGUACGAACAUGAUCACCUCGUCCAGCGGGGACUCGAUCGUGCCGCAGGAGGGUAAUGAGAGCUCGUACUGCUCGACGAUUGCGCUGUUUGAGCAAUCAUCGUCUAUUUGAUUAUUUUGGACGUGAGUAGAGAUUCAUCCUGUGACUACAGGAUGAAGGUUGGCAAUGCAUGUGGAUACCACUUUGUUACUUGAUCAUUCAUCCAUUCAUUUAUUCAAUUUUGUUUUAUACAUACCCAGCUUCGUACAGAGCAGCCAAAAGUUCCUGCUUGAAUCCUGCCCCUACACCCUGUAAGGCCGAUAUAGUAUCCUACCGCGUGUUCCUAAUUCUUACCAAACGAUUGAACCAUUUGAAUUGAAUCAC